UAUAGAGAACAUUCACACAACUUUCCACAAAAGUGGAGAAAAAGCUCUAGUAUAAAAGUCAUGGGCGGAGCUCACAGAACAUUUAGCUGAAUGGAUGCAAUGGGUGAUAGGGAAGGCCCUAGGCUUGUGAGCUCCACUGCACUUUGGAGGGGUGACCGCCGGCCAGCACAAGUCGUCCAAGCAUCGCAGUUGGAGCAAGACUUUCAGCGAGCACCUCAACAGGGCGAAAGUGGGCCCUUACCAUUUGAUAGAGAAUACAGUCUAUGGUUGGAAGAACACACCAAACACAUCAAUGAAUUGAGGAUUGCUGUCAAUUCACAUGCACGUGAUCCUGAACUGCGAAGUAUUGUGGAUAGUGUCAUUGCACAUUACGAUGAUGUCUUUAGGGUGAAAGGAAAUGCAGCCAAGGCGGACGUAUUCCAUGUCUUGUCAGGGAUGUGGAAAACCCCUGCCGAGCGGUGUUUUAUGUGGAUUGGUGGCUUCCGCCCCUCGGAACUUCUUAAGCUUCUAGCCAAUCAGGUGGAGCCUCUGACCGAGCAACAGUUAAUGGGCAUUGCCAACUUGCAGCAGUCAUCCUUUCAAGCAGAAGAUGCUCUUUCACAAGGUAUGGAGGCGUUGCAGCAAUCCUUGGCGGAGACAUUAUCUAACGGAUCUCCUGCUACUGAAGGGUCAUCAGGAGAUGUAGCUAAUUGUAUUGGUCAGAUGGCAAUGGCUAUGGGGAAACUAAGGACUUUUGAAGGUUUUCUCCGUCAGGCGGACUACCAUCGUCAACAAACAUUGCAACAAACGCAUCGCAUAUUGACAACCAGACAAUCAGCCCGUGCUCUUCUUGCAAUAAGUGAAUACUUCUCACGUCUUCGAGUUCUCAGCUCUCUUUGGCUUGCCAGACCACGAGAGGAAUAAGUAUGACAUGCAUCACAAUAUUCUACUGAAACUCAGAUAUACUACUUCGAUACACUGGCCAGUAUAUGAGAUCCAGCUAAGUUACUAUAUGUAAAGUGGUAUUGUAUGUGCUUGUGGAAGUGCAAAAUUUGUUUUCUAUCUCCUUAUGUUUUUAGAAUGCCAAAAUUUCUCUGUGACUUAGGAACCUAUAAUGUACCUGUUUUUUUAGCUAUACAAGGAAAAAGUUCAGUUAGGGAUAUUAAGAAGUGUAAUAGAUAUUUAGAAAGUUUUAUGCUUAAACAAAUUAUAGCUUGUGACUUAAAAGUUUCUCAUCUGAUAUGUUGGAAAUAUAACAAGUAUUUUAUAA